CCGCGAGCACCGAGUCGCCGCCGAGCGCGCUUUCUUCUUUCCCCCCGCUGUUGUAAGCGUUGUACGCGCGCACGAGCUUGGAAGGGAGAGACCGGCUUUUUUACGUACGCGCGUGCACGCCUUCUCCUGGAAAGCGCUCCGCUACUACGAGCGGCGUCGUCUGCUACAACGCCGCCGCCAACCAACGUCGUCUGCUACUGAAGUCGUUGCGUCUGCCGCCGUGUCGUAGAUCGGUCAACGUCGUCGCUUCGAAGCCUGUCGACGAAUAUGUAACGGCGCAGUAACUUUAGGCACUAGCGAAAUUAACGGGUGGCGACAGCAGUACCUCUUCAAGCGUGUGCUCUUCAACGACGGGUGCCAGGAGGCUCUAUUUGUGGGAUGCUGUCGACUCUGCGUGAACGUGUUGUACGGCUCCAGUGAUGUUUCGGCUUUUCCACAACCACAGUCGCCUUCUGUAGGCGCACCUCAUAGCCGCUGCUGUCGUUUUUUAAAGUCUAUUGUGGAUAGUCGUCGCGGACACUUCCUUCGAAAACAGGAUCGAGGACUUUUGUGACUACUUUGGUAUUCGUUCGUACUUAAACCAGACAAAGGAGGUCUGCUUCGAAGCGCGUCGUCCGGAACACAUGUUCGUCGUCUGCUAGCUCCUGUGUGCGUCGUCUGGUUCCUACGGUGGUAUCACUUGGUGAUGGUUCCUGUGACGGCGAAAUUCACCGGCUGGCUGUACCGCCUGUUCAAGAAAAUCAUCUGCCACGUGAUCCGUGACUCGUCGCUGGUCCCUUUCCCGGACCACCGAGACGACGGGACUCCGGGUGAUGCAGCGGGACCCGGGGCAGCGGCCAGCCGGAGAGGUGCAGGUUGCCACGGCAAGAUGUGGACAGUGCGCCUUGAGGGAGGGCCACGCCGUGUGAACCACGCGGCCGUGGCCAUCAACGGCAAAGUCUACUCGUUCGGCGGCUACUGCACGGGCGAGGACUACAACACUCGCAAGCCCAUCGAUGUCCACGUCCUCAACACAGUAUCCCUCCGGUGGGCACUGGUGCAGACGCAGUCGCACCCCGACGAUGUGCCCUUUCAGAGGUACGGCCACACUGUUGUGGCGUACGGGGACUAUGCCUACCUCUGGGGUGGUCGCAACGACGAUGGAGCCUGCAACAUCCUCUACCGGUUCGACACCAACACCCUAACAUGGAGCCGCCCGAAGGUGUGCGGCCACGUGCCGGGAGCACGGGAUGGCCACUCGGCGUGUGUCAUGGGCUACCGGAUGUACGUGUUCGGCGGCUUCGAGGAGCAGGCCGACCGUUUCUCACAGGACGUGCAUUACCUGGACCUGGAGACCAUGCUGUGGCAAUACGUGCCAACCAGGGGCCAGCCCCCGCAGUGGCGGGACUUCCACUCAUCCUCGGCCAUUGGGGGCCGCAUGUACGUGUGGGGCGGCCGCGGGGACAGCCAGGGCCCGUACCACUCGCAGAGCGAGGUCUACUGCAACCGCAUGGCCUUCCUGGACACGGCCACCUCGUGCUGGGUGCACCCGCGCGUCGACGGUGUGCCGCCCGAGGGCCGUCGGAGCCACUCGGCCUUCGUCUACAGCGGAGAGCUGUACAUCUUCGGAGGCUACAAUGGGCUCUUGCUGACCCAUUUCGGCGACAUGCACAAGUAUGAUCCAGAGAACUCGUGCUGGAGCCAAGUGAAGAUCCAGCGGGAAGGCCCCUGCGCCAGGAGGCGCCAGUGCUGCUGCAUGGUUGGCGACCGGCUGUUUCUCUUUGGUGGCACAAGCCCAACUCCCAAUCAGGUAGCCAGGCAGCGGAUGGAGGAAUUUGAUGCCAAUGAUCUGACGCUCAUGGAUCACUCGGAUCUGCACGUCCUUGACUUUGCACCAACGCUGAAGACCCUAUGCCUGCUGGCUGUCAUAGAUGCACGUAUGGACAUCAGCCACUUGCCACAGGACAUCAGGUGGGAGAUCAGUGCCAUGACAACAAACAACAGCAUCUCACGCCCGUCGCAGACGACGGGUUGAUUUGCCCCCACUGCUGCAGCGACGCAUUCCUGUGGCGUAGCCACUGGCGACGGGUGGCGAAGUUUGUACAUAAGUGGCGGCGUGCAUCACCAGGCCAUCUCCUCCUCCUCACUUAGUGGACGAGACAUGGGGCUCUGGAACACCGCACUCGUCGGGAAGCGGACGGUCACCGAGCUGAUCUCGAGGAGGGGGCCGUCUGAAAGAAAAGAAUGUGCAAACAUGUUCCUCAAGCUCUUGGAAAGGGUUGCGUCUUUUGAUGUUCCAAGUGUGGUUGUGAAAGCAGCGAUUGCUGGCGAUUGUUGUUCUCUCGAGCUGGCUGAUAUUUUUUUUUUGUUUUGUUUUCUGUUCCCCAUUGAGGUCUCGCGGCCACCGUGCUGUUUACAUGUGUUUUCUAGUGCUGAAGAUGAAAGACACUUUUGCUUGAGGUUCUUUUGAGUUUUUAACCCUGCAGGAAGUAGGCGCAGUGGUAUUUUAGUGUUCUGUAUAUAGUCUUGUUUUUUUUUUUCUCCCUUUUUUUCCUUUGGAGGUAGAGAAGCUCAACUGAAGAGAGCUGUAGGACCAGCUUAAAAUGUGUUUCUUUUGGCAGAAUUUUCAUAAGUCUAAGAGCCCAUUUCUCUUUGCAGUUUACUUGCAGUUUUCUGUAUAGAUUUCUUUUUUCAUGAGAGGUUCCCCAUUUAAAUAGCAGAGGUGUGCAAAUGUUUGAGUUUGCCCUUCCAGUUUGCCAUUAGAGAAGUGCUAACCAUCAGUUAGAUGGCAUCAUGCAACUGGUAAUAAUCUGUGACAGAUCAAUCAUUGCAAAGCUUGCUUUAUUUCAUUAAUUGAUGUGCUUCCAAAUCAUUGCAUGCUAGAUCAGUAUGAACUGUUAUUAAGUAUGAAAUUAUGUCACUGUAGGUAAUAAGGAGGUUCAUAAAGCAUGGCUAAAUUAAUGUGGCAAGUCCUAGGUUGGCUUGAUUGGGUGAAUCAUGGUUGGUUUAAACACAGUUCGAAUGGGGAGGCAGGAGCUUUUUGCUGUUGAUCAAAAGUCAUGCCUAAGGUCAUUGUGUGCUAUGUGAAAAUUAAGCAUUAGUGUCAAGGCAGAGGACAGACUGACCUGACUGUGUUGUGAGUCGUAAUUAUUGUGAGUCGUAACUUAUAGACAUGUAAAUAGACUUUGUUCAGACGAGGCGCACAAUUCCUUGCGGCUCCCGUGGAGUUUCUUAGGACACUCAAAACGGGGAAUGCCAUGGUAUGCACAGAAAUGGUAGGAAGUGUAGGCUUUGGACCGAGACCUUUCUCUGAGAGCCAAAGACCUCUUGAGGACCUUAUGUGGGGACAAAUGUUAGUCCUGCAUGAAGGUUAAGUGGCUAUUAGGGCCCUGUUUCAAGUUAUUAACAGUAGGUGCGGUUAUUAAAACAUGAGUAUUCAUGAUGGCUUAUGUUUGCACUAAAUGCGAACGCUACCUCUGGCAAGUUGCCGAGUUUUGAGGAAAGAUUAGGUCAGGGGCUCAUUAUUAGCGUGUCAUUUGUUAUUGUACAUUUGUUUUCUUCAUAUACUUGAGCGAACAUCAGUGCAAGGCGAAAUACAAAGUUUGACGGCCACCUGUCUGGCUGGCAAAAUACAUGUUCUCCAAGGACAGAAAAUCAAGCACAAACAAAAAGAGUAGGGAAAUUUGGUGAAGUCUAAGAGAAAAUGAAGACUGAAUUGAAGUUAGGCUGUCAAUACUGGAGCCUUGUUCUCAAUUUAGUGAUGCUGAAACGUCAUUAAAUUUCAUCAUUCUUUUGGCCAGCGCUUCACUUCGCGUCUUUGGAUAACAUCAGAGCAAGGCGUACCAUUUGAAAAGGGUCAAGUAAAUAUGAAAUUCCAAAAGCGCCUUCAUUUUCAUAACCACGACCGCAUGCAAGGCCAAGCAGUGUCCAAGCUAAGUCUUCCGCGUCUCAGCAUUUUUGUUUCCACAGUACCCUUUUAAAAAUGAAAACUGGCGUAGAUGGCCAUGCUGCAUUUCUCUUUGGGCUGUAUUUUAUAAAACUUUUCCCCAACAUCUCGUGGGAAGCCUGACUUCUUCGUUCUGCUCCAAUUGUACAAGUUCAUUUGGCACAGUUUAUUGCUCAUUUUCUUGAUUUGGCAGGUGGAAUUGUGUUCAUGUCAGUAAAUAAGAAGAUUAUUGCAUCGACCAGUUGGCCACAAAAGCAAUACACACAAGUAUGUCUACAUAUGUUCUGUGUUUGUGCUAUUUUUGUAGGGGUCUGGCUUAUGCAAGAAUGCUCUUGUUUAAUGCUAUACGCCAACUAAACCAGCAACGUGUCCUUCUUGUGUUCAUGGAUUAGAAUUGAAGCAAGGGUCCUAGUUAGAGUUCUAAACAGGAAGGUUAUUUCGCGGCGAAUUACACUGGGUCUCCUAACCCUUUUUACUCACAAGCCUGACAUGUAGUCAUCUUAGCAGUUUGUACCGGUAUUGCAGUUCAUGCCAGUAGUACUAGCAGCACUUUAUGCUGGACAUUUAAGGUUUCCCUAAAGACAGCUGCUACUUGGAUGGUUUAAACUUGCUGGUACUGGUAUGGUAGCACUGCUUCUAUGAGUCCUGUUUGUCCAGGCCAGAAUUAUUUUGUUCUUCACGUCAAAAGUGAAACGCAGUCAACUCAUUUGAAGCCGUGCUGCUGGCACGUGUAUUUAGUGUGGCUAUUUCUGUUUUGAUUAUCACGUGUCCCCACAAUCGGAGUAGAACCUCAUGGAUACAUUCCCGAUUCACGCAACUUCACAAUUUGUGCUCUCGUGGCUGAGGGCUCUGGAAAUGUCCUAUUUAGACUAUACAGUCCAAGUGUGCUUUUUCCUUGUUCUGUUUCUCAGAGUGUAUCAACAAGGCCCUAGAAUGUAUUCAAAACUUGCACGUAUGCUGAGGGAAAGCCCCUGUGCUGUGUUUUCCUUCCUGAACAUUUGGGAUGAAAUCAAGCAUAAAACUGUGUGUUGAGUGAAAAAUAUUCUUAUGGAAUAAAGAAAUUGUAAAGUUUUUUACGUCUA